AUGCGCCAAUAUACCGAAGAUGACUUGCUCAAGGCACUUGAGGCUGUUACCAGCGGCUGCAGUAUAAAAAAAGCAGCUCAUGAUAAGGGCAUACCACGAACUACACUACAAAACAGAAUAAGAGGUCACCAAACAAGAGGUGUUGCUUUCGCUGGGUUACAGAGGCUAUCACCAACCCAGGAAAGUCACUUGGCUGAAUGGAUUCGAAUACAAGCUGCCCUAGGCCUUCCACCAACCCAUCAACAGCUCAAGGAUUUUGCUGAGAGGAUUCUACAGACACGUAGAGACUUCCAGCCUCUCGGAAGAAACUGGGUUCAAUCAUUUAUCAAGAGAAAUCCAUCAAUCAAGGUUCAGAGAAGCAGAGCAAUUGAUUCCCAGCGUGUCAAUGGUGCCUCAACUAAUGUAAUCAGGGAAUGGUUUAAGCAUCUCGCUCUACCUGAGAUACAGGCAAUCAAAGCAAGCAAUCGAUACAAUAUGGAUGAAACAGGUAUUCUAGAAGGCAGAGGAUCAAAUGGAUUAGUUCUUGGAUCAUCAGAAACUCGCUCUAUUCGAAAGAAACAGCCUGGGUCUCGGGCUUGGACAUCUCUGAUUGAGUGUAUCUCUGCAACUGGCAAGGCACUGCCUCCACUUGUGAUAUAUAAGGGGAAGACUGUUCAACAGCAGUGGUUUCCUCUCGAUUUAACUGAAUAUGAUGGCUGGAAGUUUACAGCAACAGAAAAUGGCUGGACGUCGGAUUCUACUGCUGUUGAAUGGCUACAGAAGGUCUUCAUACCAUUGACCCAACCCCAAGACCCUAAAGAGUCUAGAUUACUCAUUCUUGAUGGGCAUGGUAGCCAUGAAACAACAGAAUUCAUGUAUAUCUGCUUUAAGAAUAAGAUACUCUUACUCUUCCUACCGCCACAUACAUCCCACGUUCUUCAGCCGCUUGAUCAGUCAGUAUUUGGGCCGCUGAAAGCCAUAUAUAAGAAAGAGCUUCUAUACCUGGAUCAAUGGGACGCUAGCACUGUUAUAGGCAAGAGAAACUUUCUCCUCUGCUAUGGAAAAGCACGCCAUAUAGCAUUCACAAGCAAGAACAUCAUCAGCGGUUGGAAAUAUACAGGUCUAUGGCCUGUAAGCAUAGCCAAACCGCCGAUGAGCCCUCUUCUACUUGGGAACCCAUCAACACCAGCUAGACAGACCGAUCAGCCUUACAAGGGACUGUCUAAUGCUAUAGCAGGCGAAAAAUGGGCAUCAGAGACAUCAGCAGUAUGCUGGUCAACGCCAACGAAGCGGUCUGAGCUACAGGAUCAAUUCAACUUAUACAACAAGGUUGGGCAUGAUCGAAAUACUCAACGACUGCUCUUUCGCAAGGUUCAAAAGGGAUUUGAUGAACAGAGCUAUAAACUGGCUGUAGCUCAGCGAAAGAUUGAGGCGCUGGAAGCAGAAGUUGAGGCAUCUAGGGCUAGGAAGCGGAAGAAGGUCACAACGAGCCCAAAUUCGAAGUUUGCCAACAUUGAAGCUAUUCGGAAGGCUCAAAUUGAAGCGGGCGAAAUUGAGGAUAGCUCAGAUGAAUCCAGCAAGUCUGAUUUACCUACUCUUGAGGGAAAUAGUAUUGUUGUGGCAAUAGAUUAA